CUCAUUCCAAGUCCGACAACCUGUACCUGGCGCAACUGGAUGCAGUCUGCUUCGACUAUGUCCCAAUGGAUCCUAGAAAGGGUCAACCGAUAUCUAACCAAUCUCGAUCGAAACGUGCCUAUCCACUCCAAAGACGACAAAGUUCCUUACGUCGCUGACAUCCAGCUGCAUCGCUGGAUCCUCGUUCACGCCGGCGUACCUCUGCUCAUCCACCAACUCUACGCAUCUACGACCGGCAACAACCUCAGCCCGAUGGCAGCUUUCGUCUUCUACCUCUCCGCGUUCGCAAUAUUCCUCGCGCGUGAGUUCCGCCUGACAAGGACCUUGGGCCAGGCAUACGGAUUCUUUGACGGCGACGGACACGCGCGAGAUCGCGUGCGCGACUUCGGUCCGCGGAAGGCGAUCAGCUCGAUGCUGCUGGCCGCGCUCCUCCGCCCGCUCAUGAAGAUCUGCCUGACGUACACCAUGGACGACCUGCCGGCAUCGACGGAUUGGGCGUGGCUCCUCCCUCAGGUCACGGUGUAUGGCAUCGUGGUCGACUUCUGGUACUACUGGAGCCAUCGCCUCGCGCAUGAGGUCCCCGCCCUCUGGAGAUUCCACCGCACGCACCACCUGACCAAGCACCUGAACGCGCUGCUGACGGGGUACGCCGACGACGCGCAGGGGCUCGUGGAGAUCGCGGGCCUGCCCCUGGUCGCCCACGGCACGAUGACGCUGCUGGGCCUGCCGAUGGGCUUCUACGCCUGGUACCUGGCCGACUGCUACGUGACCUUCACCGAGGUCUUCGGGCACAGCGGCGUGCGGCUGCAUGUCUCGUCGCCCAGCGGCCUCACGUGGCUGAUGCGGCGGUUCGAGGCCGACCUCGUCGUCGAGGAUCACGACCUGCACCACCGAUCCGGGUGGCGGCGGUCGAGCAACUACGGCAAGCACACGCGCAUCUGGGACCGGGUGUUUGGCACCUGCCGGGCCAGAGUGGAGGGGAUAGUCGAUAAUAUCGAUUAUCAGAAUCGAGCGGAGAUCCCUGUAUUGUAG